AUGGCGUACGACCGCACUGCGGAGUUUGCUGCUGCAGCAGAAAGCUUCCACUUUGCUGCCAAUCCUCCUGCUGCAGACCCUCGCCAGCCCUUCUCUGAUGCGGACAAAAACUUCAACUUAAUUGCAAGUGAUAUGGGAAAUAGUUUGCAUGCAACUUCGUUGAAGCUGCAGGAGCUGGCCAAGUUGGCGAGACAGUGCGGAAUCUACAACGAUAAAACUGCCCAGAUACAGGAACUCACUUUCGAGAUCCGAAAGACGAUAAACACUUUGAACUGCAAAGUGGACACUUUGGAGAAAGCUGCAGCAGCAGCAGGAGUCAGCGGACAGUCGAAGCAGCAUUAUAUAACUGUCACGGAAGUUCUAAAAACGAGAUUGUUGGAUGUGACAAAAGAAUUCAAAGACAUCCUCAUGCUCAGGACUGAGAAUCUGAAAAGACAAGACAAAAGACGCAAUUUGUAUUCUUUCGGCGGCGACUCGGGCACUGCGGAGGCGGAGGAGAUGUACGACAUUGAGGGGGGCCAACGGACUACUUUGGUGUCUCGGCCGGCAACUGCGUAUUCUCAAGCCCGAGCAGAAGCCGUAGAAAACGUCCAGCGAGUGAUUGGCGAACUCGCCAGCAUCUUCCAAAGAGUGGCAACUAUGAUAGCUCAUCAGGAAGAAAUGAUUCAAAGAAUUGACCAAGACAUCGACACUUCCAUGUACCACAUCAGAGAAGGCCAAAAUGAACUCUUGAAUUUUUACAACAGGAUUUCCUCCAACAGAUCCCUCAUCAUCAAGGCAAGGCAGCACAUUUCGUUGGCUAGCUAA